AAGUCCAUAUCUAGUUCACCCAGUCUUCCAGACCCUGUGCUCUAUGCUUUGAGACUGGAAAGACCUUGAUGUUCUGAAAUGAAGAUGGAGGCAGUGGGAAAAGCAGAACAUCUUGUUGAUUUAGAAGUUCCACCAAAUACUUCUGAAAAGCAGGAUGCUACUCCUGAUGAAGACGGACCUAUAGAACUGGAGAGACAAACUCAGAAGGACAAUGUGUCCACUGCAGCAGACUCUGUGGUGCUCUCUUCAAUGCCUUGCUUACUGAUGGAGUUGAGGAGAGACCCCUCGGAGUCUCAGCUGGCAUCUACGGAGAGCGAUAAGCCAAUCGGUGGCCGAGUUUAUGAGAGUGACUCUUCUAAUCAUUGCAUGCUUUCCCCUUCUUCCAGUGGCCAUUUGGCUGACUCGGAUACAUUGUCUUCCACAGAAGAGAAUGAGCCCUGUCAAGCUGAAGCUGUUGUAGAGGGAGAUCCUUCUGUGAUGUCUGGGGCAGCAGUUGGGAGGAAAUCCAGGCGAUCUAGGUCUGAAAGUGAAACUUCAACAAUGGCUGCCAAGAAAAACCGACAGUCUAGUGAUAAGCAGAAUGGUCGAAUUACCAAGGUAAAAGGUCAUCGAAGCCAAAAGCACAAAGAAAGAAUUCGUCUGUUAAGACAGAAACGGGAGGCAGCUGCUCGCAAGAAAUACGACCUGCUGCAGGACAGCAGUACCAGUGAUAGUGACCUCACAUGUGACUCAAGCACGAGUUCAUCAGAUGAUGAUGAAGAGGUUUCAGGGAGCAGCAAGACAAUCACUGCAGAGAUACCAGGUGGACCUCUAGUUGUAGCUCAUUAUGAUAUAUCAGACACAAAUUCAGACCCAGAAGUGGUAAAUGUGGACAAUCUGUUGGCAGCUGCAGUAGUUCAAGAGCACAAUAAUUCUGUAGGAAACCAAGACUCCGGAUGUACCUGGAGAACCAGAGGGCCGCUAGAUGAACUGGGUGCUGAUGCAGGUCAUUUGGAUCCAGGCUUCCUAGCAACUGAUAAAACCUCUUUUGGUAAUGCCCAAAUAAAUGAAAAAAUUAAUAUUGCCUCUUCUGACAGUGAAGUAGAGAUUGUUGGAGUUCAGGAACAUGACAGGUGUGUACAUCCCAGGGAAGGUGUGAUUCAGUGUGUGUCUUCCUGGAAGCAUGGCUCAGGCUCACAGUACGUUAACAUGCAGCAAGCGCAAUCAUGGACAGCUGUGACUCCCCAGCAGAAUUGGUCUUCACCCCCAGAAGUAGUGGACCUCACUUUAGAUGAGGAUACCAGACGCAAAUAUCUGCUGUAA